UUGAAAUGUUUAACUCAUGUUUUGACAGGUCAUGCGCUCAAGCCACAAGUGUCCUCCAUAUUCACGUCAUUCUUGGACGGACUGAAAAAAUUCUACAUCACAAAGUUUAAAGGCUUCGAUCCGCACCACCUGUGUGUCGCGACGCUGUUAUUUGAGGGGGAUCGUGGGAAGGUUUUGCAGCACGAGAAACAGGUUUACGACAUCGCAGCCAAAUUUGGGGGUCUGGCAGCAGGAGAGGAUAAUGGUCAGAGGGGUUACAUGCUGACGUUUGUCAUCGCGUAUCUGCGGGAUUUGGGAAUGGACUACUAUGUGAUCGGAGAGUCGUUUGAGACGUCUGUGCCGUGGGACAGGGUUUUGGACUUGUGCAGGAAUGUGAAGGAGAGGAUUGUAAGAGAGUGUAAGGAGAGAGGAGUACAGUUCCCUCCGCUCUCCACAUGCAGAGUUACACAGACGUAUGACGCAGGUGCUUGUGUAUAUUUCUAUUUUGCCUUUAAUUACCGGGGUCUGAGUGAUCCAGUUCACGUCUAUGAACAAGUGGAGCAUGCAGCCCGGGAGGAGAUUCUAGCCAAUGGAGGAAGUCUGUCUCACCACCAUGGAGUGGGAAAACUCCGGAAGGAAUGGAUGAAAGAGAGCGUGUCCGGCGUGGGGCUCGGCAUGCUCAAGUCGGUGAAGGAGUAUGUGGACCCUCAGAACAUUUUUGGCAACAGAAACCUGUUGUAAUUCAGUAACAUUCUGUACCUGUGCAUUUUAUAUCAUCAUCUAGUCAUAUUUGAUUUAAACUUCAUAGUUUGUCUUUUUCUUAGUGUGUGUGUGUGUGUGUGUGUGUGUGUGUGCGCAGUGAUAUGAUAAACCUCUCCUCUGUUUCCCAUUAACUGGAACCGUUUGCGUUAUUGUCACCUUUGACCUCGUCGCUAGUGAGGUGGCAGGAUCACGUGACUUCGGUUCUCCCCAGUCUUCCCAAUGCUCGGACUGAACAGGUUUAUGAUACUGUAACGUCUGGCACUGCUGUUGUGUUUGGUGCAUUAGCAGUAACUCAAUUAUGCUUUUAAAAGCAGUGUGCCUUCUGUUCAUCCGUCCGUCCGUCUGUCUUCCACUCAUCUUUCUGAGUGGCUAAAUGUUUACUGUCUUUUAUCCCCUCUUCCUCAAUGUACUUUUGCCUUUUCUAUUCGCCUGUCAAACUAGGUGUGUUAUCAUUUUUGGGUAAAUCUCAUGAAACAUGUCCUAUUUGUAUAAGAGAAAAACAAAGACAAUUAAGCCAUUUUUUUUACCAUUAAUAAUUAAUACUUAAUUGUAUUACACUUAAUAAUCUGCAUAAUCAUACUAUAAUUUACAAUUAUUCCCAUUACAGAAAUGAAAAAAGGGGAAUAUGAUUAACCGCAAUAAGAAAUAAAUCCUUCAAAAUUCUUACAUUUCUUGACACAAAAUAUUUAUUUUUUACACUUUAUAAUAAGGUUGUAUUGACUAACAUUAGUUAAUGCAAUAUUGACAUGAACAAACAAUAAACUACAGAUAUUAUGAAUUAAUUUCCACAUACAUU